CCCCAACAAUUAUAUACAUUCAAAAAGCAUGUCUAUAGAAAAAUUGUCCUCCGAGCUGCAUAAGAUGAUAAUCUCUGCCAAUCCAAUCGAAGCAACAGCUUCCGAUAAAUCUGCACUAGAGGCAACUUUGGAUUCCAACAAAUUCGAUGAUCUACGAGUUCCGACGCAAGUGAGGCAAAAGUUUCUUUAUCGAAAGUCAAUAAUUCAACAUCCCUUUAAAAGAAUUCGUGCCGAAGGAGUGUCUGGAGUUUCUGGCAAUGCCUACGAUCUUAAAACCAUGAUGGGCGAGUGCGAAAAUAUUUGUGGUUUCGGAAACGGCAUAAACUUGACGACUCCAAAGGUGGACAAACCACAGAAACUGGCUAAAUCGAUCCCAAGGGAUCCCGAUACGGUCUCCCUGACCUGUCAAUGUGAUGAUAUUUUUCCUAAUGCAGGCACAGAAGCUCAGGCUCAAAGCCCCGACGAAGUUAAUUUCGAAGAGUUGGCCAGCUACUUCGAAAAUAUGCUCAACAUACCCAAGAAUCUUCCGCUCAGCGCUGAAAUAAUGUACACUUGAUUGGAACGAUGUGUGUUAUAUAUUGAGUAAUAAAAGAUAUAUAUCAUUCUAGAUUAUA